AUGGCCGGGGCUCGCGUUACGCUCUGGGCUGUCUGCGUGCUGCAGGUGGCGCUCGCUGCCGUCUACUUCCAGGAAGAAUUUCUAGACGGAGAGCGCUGGAGAAACCGAUGGGUGCAGUCUACCAAUGACUCCCGACUUGGGCAUUUCAGACUCUCGGCGGGGAAAUUUUAUGGCCAUAUAGAGAAAGACAAAGGUCUGCAGACCACUCAGAAUGGCCGAUUCUACGCCAUCUCCGCACGCUUCAAACCGUUCAGCAAUAAAGGCAAAACCCUGGUCAUUCAAUACACAGUGAAACAUGAGCAGAAGAUGGACUGUGGAGGGGGCUACGUUAAGGUCUUUCCUGCAGACGUGGAUCAGAAGAACCUGAAUGGAAAAUCACACUACUAUAUUAUGUUCGGACCCGAUAUUUGUGGAUUUGAUAUCAAGAAAGUUCAUGUUAUCUUACAUUUCAAGAAUCAGUAUCAUGCAAACAAGAAACCAAUCAGGUGUAAGGACUGGGAGAAGCAUUUUCUGGACGCCAGCGCCAGCAAGCCGAGCGACUGGAACGCCGAGCUGGAUGGGGACUGGCAGGCCGCGAUGCUCCAGAAGCCCCCGUACCACGAUGGCCUGAAACCGGAGGGUAUUGAUAAAGACAUUUGGCUUCACCAGAAAAUGAAAAGCACCAACUAUUUGACACAAUACGACCUCUCAGAGUUUGAGAACAUUGGCGCCAUCGGACUGGAGCUCUGGCAGGUGAGAUCUGGAACCAUCUUUGAUAACUUCUUGAUCACGGACGAUGAGGGGUACGCUGAGCAUUUUGGCAAGGCCACCUGGGGCGAAACCAAGGGUCCAGAAAGGGAGAUGGAUGCCAUACAGGCCAAGGAAGAGGUGAAAAAAGCCCGGGAGGAAGACGAGGAGGAACUGCUGGCAGGAAAAUUUAACGGGCAUGAAAAUGUUUUCAGCCGAUUUCACAGGCGGGACGAACUUUAA